UUUCGCUGGUGACGUAGAAGAACUCCCCGUUUUGUAACACAGGCCACUGUGCAGUGUUACCAAACAAAAUCUGUUAGACAACACAGAAACGAUCGAGCAGAGUCGUGUUUGGAGCCACAAUCAAGGUUAACAGACAUGGCACACACAUGCAUUCACUGGUUCCGUAAGGGUCUGAGGUUGCAUGACAACCCAGCGCUCAUGGCUGCCCUGAGGGACUGUAAGGAGCUGUACCCUGUCUUCAUCCUGGACCCUCACCUCCAUGACAAAACCCUUAUGAAUAUCAACCGCUGGAGGUUUCUCCUCGGAGCUCUCGAAGACCUGGACUGCAGCCUCAGGAAGCUCCACUCCAGGCUGUUUGUCGUGAGAGGGAAACCUGAGGAAGUGUUCCCAGAGCUGUUUGACAACUGGAAAGUCACAAAGUUGACCUAUGAGUACGACACAGAGCCCUACAGUCUGAGCCGGGACAAAACUGUUACCACGCUGGCCAAAGAGCAAGGAGUCGAAGUCGUUUACAAGAUCUCACACACUCUUUAUGAUAUAGACAGGAUAAUUGAGGAAAACAGUGGGAAGGCUCCUCUUACUUAUAACCGUAUGCAGGCCAUAGUGAAGAGUCUCGGGCCGCCUAAGAAACCGAUCCCUGCUCCAACCAUGGAAGAUGUGAAAGAUGUGAAGACACCUUGUUCAGAAAGCUAUGAGGAGAAAUAUGGGAUCCCUCUGCUGGAGGAGCUCGGACACACGGACACUGCAGCUCUUGGAGAGGCUCCGUUCCCAGGAGGAGAACAGGAGGCUUUGAGGAGACUGGAUGAACAUAUGGAAAGAACGGGGUGGGUGUGUAGCUUCGAGAAGCCGCAGACUUCUCCGAAUUCUCUGAGCCCCAGCACCACUGUCCUCAGUCCCUAUGUCACUUUGGGCUGCCUGUCUGCACGCACCUUCUGGUGGAGGCUGACGGACGUCUAUCGGGGGAGGAAGCACUCAGAACCUCCAGUGUCCCUGCAUGGCCAGUUGCUGUGGAGGGAGUUCUUCUACACCGCUAGUGUGGGUAUCCCUAACUUUAACAAGAUGAAGGGCAACCCUGUAUGUACUCAGGUGGAUUGGGAUACAAACCCCGAAUUUCUGGCUGCGUGGAGAGAGGCUCGGACUGGAUUCCCCUUCAUCGAUGCCAUCAUGACUCAGCUGAGGCAGGAGGGCUGGAUCCAUCAUCUGGCCAGACAUGCUGUCGCUUGUUUUCUCACCAGAGGAGACCUGUGGAUCAGCUGGGAAGAAGGGCAGAAGGUGUUUGAGGAGCUCUUAUUGGACGGCGACUGGGCUCUGAAUGCUGGAAACUGGCAGUGGCUUUCAGCUAGUACCUUCUUCCACCAGUUCUUCAGGGUCUACUCCCCUGUUGCAUUUGGCAAGAAGACAGACAAAAAUGGAGAUUUCAUCAAAAAGUACCUUCCUCUUCUGAAGAAGUUCCCAGCUCAGUAUAUCUAUGAGCCUUGGAAAGCUCCACGCAGUGUCCAGCAGGCAGCAGGAUGCAUUGUGGGUAAAGACUACCCGCAUCCUAUUGUCCAGCAUGAAGUGAUCAGCAAGCAGAACAUCCAGAGGAUGAAGUCAGCUUACGCCAAGAGGUCUGCCAACCCUGCUGAAUCACCCAGCAGUUCACCCAGCAAAAAGCAAGGUGUAAAGCGCAAGGCUCCGUCUGUUGUUGACAUGCUGAAGAAGAAAGACAAAAGAAAUUAAUGGUACACAAAUGGAUGCAAAGUAACAGAGUAAUACUAAUGAAUGACUGUUCAUUACAAAUCAUUGAAUAUAUUCAGGUCUGUCUGGACUGGAAGCCUAACAGGCUUGUUUCAUUUACAUUUGCAGGCAGUCUACCAUGUCUACCUUGUUUUUUAUUACACUUUUUAUGGUAACCAUUUUAUAUUUUGAGUGCUGUUUCUAUUUUGACUAUCUAUUUCAAAACUUCUUGAUGGAGAUUAUGUUACAUUUUUACAAAGGUUGAUGGUCUUAUCUUGUUAGUAGGUGACGGGUUGUAUUGAGACAGGAAGUGUCUCUUUCACAAGUUUGACUUUUUAUCAUUUUGUUAUAUCUGAAAUGAAAAACUGCCUUACUAUUGCACCUUAAACACUGAACUUUUUUACUCUUGGCAUUGUACAACCACUCAGGUGUUUUUCUCAAGUUCAUUAAAAAAAUUGAAG